GUUCGGAGCACAUCACCCCAGUCUCACACACACACACACACACACACACACUCUGACUCACUCACUCACUCACACACUCCGUCUCUGUCCUCCUCCGCACGAUGGACAUUGAAAUCUGGACCUAAUGGAUUAAUGAAGACACUUCCAGAAGAUCUGGAUUGUCGUUGAUGAACGGAUAAUUUGGUUGGAGGUUUACGGGAUUCCUGAAGCAGGUUUAUCACUGGAUAUUCAUUGCAGAAUGAGAACUCCUCUGGUUUUAUUAGCAUGGCUUUACCUGUGGGAAGAAGCAAAGGGUAUGCUGAGGACUAUAGGGGGACCAAGCAGAGAAACAUGGAGCCAGACGAGAGCGGACGGAGGGCCAGUAACGCUCAGACGCUCCAAACGAGGGUGGAUGUGGAAUCAGUUCUUCCUGUUGGAGGAAUAUACAGGAAAUGACGAUCAAUACGUGGGAAAGCUGCACUCGGAUAAAGACAGAGAGGACGGGAAGGUGAAGUACGUCCUCUCUGGGGAAGGAGCCGGAACCAUUUUCGUCAUCAAUGAGAAUUCAGGUGAUCUCCACGCCACGAGGAGGCUGGAUCGUGAGGAGAAAGCGUCUUACACUCUGAGUGCGAAGGUGGUGGAUAAAGCGACAGGGCGAGACCUCGAGGGCCCGUCAACGUUCACCAUCAAAAUCCACGACAUUAACGAUAACGGGCCCAAGUUCACCCGAGACCCCUACAUCGCCUCCGUACAGGAAAUGGCCGACGUCGGUACGUUCGUUGUCCAGGUAACGGCGACGGAUGCUGAUGAUGUCAUGUACGGAAACAGUGCCAAAGUUGUGUACAGCAUUCUGCAGGGUCAGCCAUAUUUCUCCAUAGAGCCAGAGACAGGGAUCAUCAGGACCGCUCUGCCCAACAUGAAGCGUGAAAUCCGUGAACAUUACCAGGUGGUCAUUCAGGCUAAAGACAUGCUGGGACAGCUGGGCGGUUUGACCGGUACCACCACAGUCAAUAUCACACUGAUUGAUGUCAACAACAACCCACCCCGAUUCACCCAUGGUGUGUACCACUUCAGUGUUCCCGAGUUGGCUGAGGUGGGUAGUGAGUUGGGCGUGGUCAAGGCUACAGAUGCAGACACGGGCAAGAAUGCCGAGAUGAACUACAGAAUCACAGAUGAGCAGGACACUUUUCAAAUCAGCACCGACCCCACUACCCAGGAGGGAGUGCUCAUUCUGAAGAAGCCCCUGGACUAUGAGAAGAAGGCGUCGUACACACUCAGGUUACAGGUGGAAAACGUGUACCUGGACCCCCGGUUUCACACGUCCGGGGACUCUGCCACGGUGAAGGUCUCUGUGGAGGAUGUUAACGAGCCGCCGGUCUUUAAGCGUCCUGCCUACGUGAUGGAGGUCAAAGAAGACGCCCAGAUUGGAACAAUUAUUGGAGCCGUUAGUGCUGUGGACCCAGAUGCCAACCGUAAACCUGUCAGGUACAUGAUAGACUGGCACACGGAUAUGGAUCACGUGUUUAACAUCCAUCCCAAUAAUGGCUCGAUCUUUAUCUCACGCUCUCUAGACAGAGAGGAGAAAGCCUGGCACAAUAUAUCAGUGCAGGCUGCUGAAUACAAUGGUCUGAUUGGUCAUGUGCCCGUCUACAUCAAAGUUCUGGAUGUUAACGAUAAUGCCCCGACCUUCGACGCGGCAUACGAGACUUUCAUCUGUGAAGACACCAAAGUGGGUCAGAAGAUCCAAACCGUGAGCGCAUCAGACGCCGACCAGCCAAUCAGAGGCCAUCGUUUUUUUUUCCGUUUAGCGUCAGAGUCUUUUGAAAAAUCCAACUUCUCCGUUCGAGACAACAAAGAUAACACGGCCACGAUACUGACUCAGCGCAGCGGCUACAGUCGCAUGGAGAGGAGUUUAUAUCUGGUUCCUGUAGUGAUCGCCGAUGGAGACUUCCCUGCGCAGAGCAGCACAAAUACGCUAACGAUACGCGUGUGCUCUUGCGACCGGGACGGAAACAAGAGGAAAUGCGAGACGGAGGCGUUCGCGCUCAAUGCGGGACUUAGCACAGGAGCGCUAGUCGCAAUUCUUCUCUGUAUCGUCAUUUUGCUAAUGAUCGUCGUCUUGUUCACGUCCCUGAAGAGGCAGCGAGAGAAGCUCGAUCCUCUGAUCGUCUCCAAAGAGGACGUGAGGGACAACGUGGUGAGCUACGACGACGAAGGCGGAGGCGAAGAAGACACCCAAGCUUUCGACAUCGGAACGUUGCGAAAAGCCGAAUCUCUCGACGAUACCAAGCAACGCAGAGACGUCGCUCCUGAGAUUCUGCGGCGCUCGGCGCCAAAAAUCCACAACAACCCUGACCCCGAUAUCCGGGACUUCAUCUCUCAGAGGCUAUGCGAGAACGAUUCGGAUCCGGCGGCGCCGCCGUACGAUUCGCUGGCUACGUAUGCGUACGAAGGAAACGGCUCGACUGCCGAGAGUCUCAGCUCUCUGGAGUCAGUCAGCAGCGACGCAUGGAGCGAUUACGAGUUCCUGAGCGAGCUGGGCCCGAGAUUUAAGAGACUCGCAGAAAUGUACGGAGGAGAGGACAGCGACAGAGAAUCGUAACAAACCAGGAAAAGUGGUGCAUGGAUUUGACCAUGGAUCAGUUCGUCGAAACGAGCAGAUGGCCAGGAUUUAAGAAACUGGCAGAAAUCUACAGCAAAGAUUUACGAUAAAGCAGGACAAAAUGGAGUUUACUCCAAAUGACUGUUGGAGGUUAAACUGAUGUCUUUUUAUAAAGGCUUUUAAGAAAUGGAUGGAUUUCUUUUGCCGUAUAUUCUCAGAGGAAAAAAAAAACAACAAAAAAAAAACGCCAACUAUAUAACUAACUGUCGCAGGAAGUUGUAUAUGCUUCCUGUCUGAGUCAGCGAUGCGAGCUUUCAGAAAUGUACAGAAAAGAAAAAAGUGGCAGUUAAUUCCCGUCGAGAAUAAAGGACGCCAAAGACCGGAGGACUGCGCAGAUAAAGAGACCUCUUGAGAAUCGGAUGGUGGUAAAGAUUUAACCUCCGAUUCUUAAGAUUUACAAAAAAAAUUUACUUUCAGCUGUAACUGCAAUUGUUUCGCAAUAAAAGUGUCUGUUACUAAUCACUAAUCUGUUACUAAAGACAUAAGUUUAAUCGUUUUGUCAGGACGCAGGUACAUGUUUAAUGCAGGAAAAAAAAAAAAAGGAAAACAUGUCUCAGAACUGAUGUAAGGAGAAUUCUGUAAGCUAGCUCGAGGGUUAACAAGAGCAGGAAGCAAGGACCAAAUAAGGAAACUGAGAAACAGCAAACAGGAACCAAACCACAAACAGGAAACUAUGACCAAAUAAGUACCAUAUGAGUUGGGUCAAUCUGUCAUUACGUCAAUCAGUCAGUGAGUCAGUUUAUAGUCAGAGUCAGUGAGUCAGUCAUUCAUUCAGUGAGUCAGUCAUUCAUUCAGUGAGUCAGUGAGUCAGUCAUUCAUUCAGUGAGUCAGUGAGUCAGUUUUCAGUCAGAGUCAGUGAGUCAGUCAUUCAUUCAGUGAGUCAGUUUUCAGUCAGAGUCAGUGAGUCAGUCAUCAAGUCAAUCUGUCAGAGACUCUACAAGUGAGUCAGCCAGUCACUGAGUCAGGUUGCUUGCAAUGUUUGAGUCAGUCAGUGAGUCAGAUAAUCAGUCAGUCCUGUGAGUCAGUCAGUCAGUGAGGAGUCUAUCAGCGAGUCAGUCAGUCACAGAAUCAGUCUGCCAGUGAGGCAGUAUGUGAGUAAUGCAAAGCAGUCAGUGAGUCAGGAUAUUAUUCUGAAACUAAGUCAAUCUGCCAGUGAGUGAGUCAGUAGGUCAAUCAAUGAGUCAGAUGGUGAGUCAGUCAGUUAGUCUCUCAGUGUGUCAAUCAGUAACUCAGUAAACAGAGUCAGUCAAUGAGUCAGUGAGUCAGUCAUUGAGUCAGUCUGCCAGUAAACCAUUUAGUCAGUGUGUCAGUCACCUUGCAAGUCAUUUUGUAGUCAAAGAGUCAUUGAGUCAGUCAACUGGUGAGUAAGUCCAUCAUUCAGUGAGUGAGUCAGUGAGUCAGUCCAUCAUUCAGUGAGUGAGUCAGUCAAUUGGUGAGUAAGUCCAUCAUUCAGUGAGUGAGUCAGUGAGUCAGUCAAUUGGUGAGUAAGUCCAUCAUUCAGUGAGUGAGUCAGUGAGUCAGUCAAUUGGUGAGUAAGUCCAUCAUUCAGUGAGUGAGUCAGUGAGUGAGUCAGUCCAUCAUUCAGUGAGUGAGUCAGUGAGUCAGUCCAUCAUUCAGUGAGUGAGUCAGUCAAUUGGUGAGUCAGUCCAUCAUUCAGUGAGUGAGUCAGUGAGUCAGUCAAUUGGUGAGUAAGUCCGUCAUUCAGUGAGUGAGUCAGUGAGUCAGUCAAUUGGUGAGUCAGUCCGUCAUUCAGUAAAUGAGUCAGUGAGUCAGUCAAUUGGUGAGGCAGUCCGUCAUUCAGUAAAUGAGUCAGUGAGUCAGUCAAUUGGUGAGUCAGUCCGUCAUUCAGUAAAUGAGUCAGUGAGUCAGUCAAUUGGUGAGUGAGUCAGUUAAUCGGUCAGUCAGUAAUUCAUUUAGUCAGUUUAUAGUUACAGAGUCAGUGAGUCAAUCAGUGAGUCAGUUGUCAAUCAUGAAUCAGUCAGUCACUGUUAUUUAACCUGCACAGUCACUGUACUGUCGGAUACCUGUGUUAUCCCCUGCGCGCACACACACACACACACACACACACACACACACACACACACACACACAGGGCUGCUCUCUGGCCAUGUUGUGGGGCUUCUGGGACGCACUACAUCUGAGCUGGGAGUUUAGCCAGAACCUCAAACCUAAAGCUACUGAAACGCAGACGUAACACGCAACAAUCACUAUCUAUCUUACUGUAUUGUACACUAUCAUAUUUUGUAUCGAAUAUUUAUACAACAAUAAAAUACACAUAAAAUAAAAAAAGGGUUUCCAUGAUCAUUUUUCUAACACACAAUACUGUACAAUGUGCACCAACUACGCCAAAUACAUGAAGACUGCGAUGGUAAAGCCUUGUGAUGUAUUUAUCAAAAUGCUAGAGGAGAGAUCACUUCUACAGUGCCUUGCAUAAGUAUUCACCCCCCUUACCCUCUUGAAUUUUCCCACAUUUCCACAGUGGAGUGGAAGAACUCGCGUGUCCUGCACGGAGCCCUGACCUCAACCCCACUGAACACCUUUGGGAUGAACUGGAACUGGAGACUCCUUACCCAACAUCAGCGCCUGACCUCACUAAUGCUCUUGUAGCUGAAUGAACACAAAUCCCCACAGCCACGCUCCAACAUCUAGUGGAAAGACUUCGCAGAAGAGUGGAGCUUAUUAUAACAGGAAAGGGAAGCACAGAUGGGUGUGAUGGACUGGUGUCUACACACACCUUUGGCCAUAUCGUGUAUCUUAGAAUCGUUCAAUCCAAGGCAUCUAUAAAGCUCAGGGUAUUUUUAUGCUUUAAGGUCAUUUUGUAGGAUUCCAUUCAAAGCAGAAAGGGGGUGAGUCUUACACUGUUGGUGUCUUUCUUCUGGUUAUGAGAAAUGGGUCAUCGCCUGCAU